AUGGGUGACAUUGAGAAAGGCAAGAUUUUUGUUCAGAAGUGUGCCCAGUGCCACACUGUGGAAAAGGGAGGCAAGCAUAAGACUGGACCAAACCUCCACGGUCUGUUUGGGAGGAAGACAGGUCAGGAGGCUGGAUUCUCGUACACAGAUGCCAACAAGAACAAAGGUAUCACCUGGGGAGAGGACACCCUGAUGGAGUAUUUGGAGAAUCCCAAAAAGUACAUCCCUGGAACAAAAAUGAUCUUCGCUGGAAUUAAGAAGAAGGGAGAGAGGUGGACCUAA